AUGAAGGCGAAUGACGUCCCGUUCCCAAAGCUCCCAACUGCAACGUACAUGUCACUGUUUGAGAGAAUCUGCCCCAUAACCAUGACGGAGACUCCAAGGACCUCGCAAUUAGUGGAUCCGAGCUUAUUAUUGAGCCUUCAACGGAUGCCACAACAGUUUAUGGCAUAUUCCCCUGAUGAGGACUGGAGUGGAGUCACCAACCCGGCUGCUCGACGCAGAUUACAAAAUCGGCUGAACCAGAGAGCCUACCGGCUACGCCGACAAGGCCAGGACAAACGAGCAACGCAGACGGACGGUGCCCACAUUGAGUCUGCAGGUCAUCACCACCCUACCCCUGUCCCGACUCCUGCGAAGGCGUUGGCACAUCAUGACUCGAUUACAUGCGGGCUCUCUGAGUUGCAGCAUCUGGAGUGUACAUUUGCCCCUCCAAACAUACAUGACCUCAUGGCCCAGUUCGAGAGGAGAGCCAUGGCACGCUAUGCCGAGGGUUCGCCCAAAACAGACCUUCUGCUGAAUUUGAGUAGAUUAAAUGUUCUACGUGCAGCUUACCAAAAUGUGGUUGCAAUUGGCAUGACUGUCGAAUGGAUGUGCCAGGAUACGAACCGUGCCACACCACCCAUGGCUCGAUAUCUUCCCAAUUCCACAAAUGCGGGAUAA